CUUAUCAGAGGAAGCAAAGAGAAGAGAGGAUUGAAAGUCGCCUGUGAUUGCAGAGAUCAGGAAAAGAGGAAAGCGAAGGGGAAGGGGAAGGGGAAAAAGAAUAGAGAAAAGAUGGGGAAGCAACCCGUGAGGAUGAAGGCUGUGAUUUACGCGCUCUCCCCUUUCCAGCAGAAGACGGUUUCCGGUCUCUGGAACGAUCUCCCUUCCAAGAUCCACCACAAGGUUUCCGAGAAUUGGCUCAGCGCAACCCUCCUUCUCGCUCCCGUCGUCGGCGUCUACUCGGUAUGUCCAGCACUACCAGGAAAAAGAGAAGCUGGAGCACAGGUACUGAGCUCAUGCAUGUGGUGGAAGAAGACCUUUCCAGUUUUCACUUUUGCCAAAUAAUUUUCUAUGAGGAGAAAACUGUGCUUGCAGUUGUUGAAAACCUUUUUUCUUUAUAUGGAUUAUUACGCUAAUGUUUAGCCAUCUUUUUGGUAUAUUUUGCCUUUGAAUUGCCGGUGUGGCAGGGAUGGUGCUAUUUUAGCUAUAAAACUGUAGUGGAAGUUGUCUCUGAAUUUGAUUGGAAAUUAAAUAAAUGGUUUGAUAUGGGGUGUUAGUCUGAAAAUUGUGAAGCAAGACUUGUUUAUUAGGAUAAACUUUUGAAACCUCGAAACAGGGUUCCAUAGGAUCUUCAACAUAUUUCUUUUUCAUUGUGUUUGUGCUUUUGCGUUGUACAUGCUGACCGUUGUCAUUGAUGGCCACAGAAGUUGAUUUUGCUUGAUUCUGGUUUCUGCCUUGGCAAUGCAUA